AUGAAACCAAGUAAUAAAGGUGCCCGAUUAAAGUUGGUGAGCGACAAGCCGCUCUCGAGAAAAUUCUUCCAUCAAUGUAAGAAGCGUCAUCGGAAGACUUUUGGACUGGCUGAUGAUGAAGAAGAAGAAGCCGACUGUCCAGCAUUUAAAAACAAGCAAACCUUCCAAGAGCAUGAUGCAUGCUGGUUCAGCGCUUUCGUGGAAAGCAUUCUAAAGCAGAUAGAAGAGAUUAUUAAAAUACAGUACAGUACCAACAGUACAGUACAGUACCAACAGUACAGUACAGUACCAACAGUACAGUACAGUACCAACAGUACAGUACAAUACCAACAGUACAGUACAGUACCAACAGUACAGUACAGUACCAACAGUACAGUACAGUACCAACAGUACAGUACAGUACCAACAGUACAGUACAGUACCAACAGUACAGUACAGUACCAACAGUACAGUACAGUACCAACAGUACAGUACAGUACCAACAGUACAGUACAGUACCAACAGUACAGUACAGUACCAACAGUACAGUACAGUAAAAACAGUACAGUACAGUACCAACAGUAG